AUGGCUUCCCGGUGCCUGGUUCUCUUCAUUGGGGCCCUCCUGGCAGCCUCACAGCCUGCCCCAGUCCAGCCAGAUGCCCUGCUCAUCUUCCCUGGCCAGAUGGCCCAGCUCUCCUGCAUCAUCCUGAGCCCUCAUCACGCUGCCAGCAGGGAUUAUGGUGUGUCCUGGUACCAGCAGCGGGCAGGGAGUGCCCCUCGUUACCUCCUCUACUACCGAUCAGAGGACGACCAGGACCGGCCUGCUGACCUCCCUGCCCGCUUCUCAGCAGCCAGGGAUGCGGCUAGCAAUGCCUGCAUCCUGACCAUCGACCCUGUCCAGCCUGAGGAUGAUGCAGACUAUUACUGCUCUGUGGGCUACUAG